UGUCACCAAUGACUGUCACGUACACGGCCAGAGUCGCUAAUGCUCGCUUCUGUGGCUUCUCCAAGCUGCUCUUGGCCUGGAAAGGGAGCAUCUACAAGGUGUUAUAUAAAGAGUUCCUGGCUUUCUUUGCCAUGUAUACUGCCAUUAGCAUCACUUACAGAUUUUUCCUGUAUGAUGACCAGAAGAGGUAUUUUGAAAAGCUGGCAAUUUAUUGCAACCACUAUGCUAGCCUCAUCCCUAUGUCCUUUGUACUGGGUUUCUAUGUGACCCUGGUGGUGAACCGGUGGUGGAGCCAGUACACCAGCAUCCCACUCCCUGACAGGCUCAUGUGCGUCCUGUCAGGGGGUCUCCAGGGGAGCGAUGAGCGAGGCCGCCUGUUGAGACGCACUAUGAUGCGCUACGCCAGUCUGUCGUCCCUGCUCAUCCUGAGAUCUGUAAGCACAGCUGUCUUCAAACGUUUCCCCACCAUGGACCAUGUAGUAGAGGCUGGAUUCAUGACGAGAGAGGAACGGAAGAAGUUUGAGGGCCUCCACUCGCCUUAUAACAAAUACUGGAUCCCGUGCGUUUGGUUCACCAACCUGGCUGCUGUGGCACGUGGCGAGGGCAGGAUCAAAGAUGAUCACACACUAAAACUGCUGCUGGAGGAGCUGAAUGCGUUCAGAGGGAAGUGCAGCAUGCUGUUUCAUUAUGACAUGAUCAGUGUUCCCCUGGUCUACACUCAGGUGGUGACCUUGGCAGUGUACAGUUUUUUCCUGGUGUGUCUAAUUGGUCGACAGUUCCUGGACCCUGGUCAAGGCUAUCCAGGUCAUGACCUUGACCUCUACGUGCCCAUUUUUACCCUGCUGCAGUUCUUCUUUUACGCUGGAUGGCUCAAGGUCGCCGAGCAGCUGAUCAACCCUUUUGGAGAAGACGAUGAUGACUUUGAGACGAACUGGUUGAUAGACAGAAAUUUCCAGGUGUCGAUGAUGGCGGUGGAUGAGAUGUACGGAGAUCUGCCAAUGAUGGAAAGAGACCGCUAUUGGAAUGACUCUAACCCCAGACCACCCUACACUGCUGCCACUCUCUUUGUUCUCCGCAAACCCUCCUUCCAGGGUUCCACUUUCGACAUGGCGAUUCCUAAGGAGGAGAUGCACUUCCAGCCUCUGGAGGACAUUGCUGAGAACCUGGAGGAGUCAGGCAGUCGUCACCCCAACAUGGCCCUCUUCAACCGCCUCCUCAACGCAGCCCCCUCCCCCACUGGCCUCAUGGGAGGGGCUCUUCGGCGCACCUCAGCCCAGCUUCAGAGGCUACGCCACUCCCCCAGCAUUGACCAGUGCACCAGCGAUGAUGAAGACAAUGAAAGUUGUAAGAUAGGUAAAGGGGGGUCUCUGCCAUCAGGGCUGGGGCAGGACACCCAGAGCACCGUGAGUAGUUUUAGAGACGAGAAGAGCGCCACAACGCCUCUACUGGAGAUUCAGUUUGGGGCAGAGCAGGAGAAGCGAGGAGUGCACCCUGCUUUCAACCAUGGGAAGCUGGGGAGGGGAAGGGAUGGGAGGGGUGAUGAAGAUGGCCAGACAAGGGACGAGGGAGAGAAAACAGAGAGUACAAGGGGGGAGAUCCAAGCUCCUGUGUCACUACUUCCUCCCGCCCCCUCACAAUCCAAAGAGACUCCGAACUCUGCCAUUCCAAUCACCUCCCGUCACCCUUCUGCCUUCCUGUUUAACCCCACUGCCCACUCCAGUCUGGAGCACUGCAGCUCGCAGCCAAUUAUCAACCAGAACAGAGCCGUACCCGCCAUUCCCAAACCUCCUUUUGGUGGAAACAAAAUGUCCUUCCUCACUGUGCCAUCUUAUAAUGAACCUCAACGUUUUCGCAGUGUGAGCAUGGGAUCAGAACUCACUGGGUCUUAGGGGGGGACAAUGGUUUAUGAUGUUGUCAUGAACUUUUGACUCUUUGAAACUAUAAUGCUCGAUUCAGUGCACGUUUACGAUAAUGAAAUUAGUCAUAGAUAAGGAACCGUGCUUUCAUUUUUACUUUGAGUAUACAGCACCUUUGGGGCAGUUUUUGGAAAUAAGAUUGUUCAGAUUUUCCCAGAUUUUCUCAUAAAAACUUUCCAAAACAUCCUCCCAAUUCACUGCUGACUUUUCAAAGUCAACUGUGAACUGUACAGAAUUUUAACACAUCAUCUGGGACCUGGGAAAAGUUUGGUAUUUGAUGGCAUUUUGAAGGAAUACUCUGACAUCACGGAAGAUUCAUAGUCUUACUGAGUGUGGGAGAAGAAAAAUAUUAAUUUAAUACCUGUAUGUUCAGUACAGAGAUUACAUGUUUGUGCUAAGCUAGGCUACACAAAUUUCAUCAGGUUUAGCCUAGCUUUGCAUAGAGACUGGAGGCAGGGAAAAUUGGCCUCUAUCACAAAAAGGAAAAAAACACAUUCCAGAAAGUGUCUUAUUUACAUUUUUGUGUUUUUGCAGCUAGCAAAUCACUAACCAGUACAUCCAAGAUUUAUGAAAGUCUACAAAGCGUCAGUGUCGUCUAUUUUUUUGUUGUUGUAUUUUUCUUGUUAAAUACAGAAAAUACAACAUAAUAAGACAGCUUUGGAGUUUUGCAGGGUAUCUUUGAAGGAAUCAGGCUAGCUCUUUCUCUUAGAGCUUAAUUUGUGCUAAGCUAGGCUAAACACAUUGCAGAACUACCUCUGUACAGUA